CUUGCACGUCGGUGAUUCAAAACAAGGUUGACAGUGAGGAUGGCUUGUAUGAAACGCGGCUCAGUAUUGCCGUGUAAACAGCCCCCAAAUUCCUGGAUUCCAUGUUCAUUCUUUCAGACAAGUCCCCAUCUGUCCGUCAAAUGCCUUGGUAGUAACUUUCAGAUAUGCAGUGGGUGCCAUGACCGACGUCCAGUCCAAUCGGCAUCUUGACAGGUUUCACGCGUCGAAUGGACUGCCCGGCACUCUUCGCGACGAACGAUGCUCAUGCUGAUCAGCAACGAGCGGUACAAGAGCCGUCGAACCUCUCUUAUCAAAGGGGGUUUUGCGGAGAGAAGGCAUAACCACGCACUUUCCUUCUGAUGAGUUCAGCAUCAUCGUAUGAGACCCUGCUGCGACCAUGUUUUCUUCCACUUCGUCGCUCUCCCAAGAGGCUUCACAGAACUCAGCAUUCAACAAAAGGCUCCGUCAAGCCUGUGAUGCUUGCCACGGAGCGAAAACCAAAUGCUGUGGCAGCAGUCCAUGCACAAGGUGUCAACGCUCGGGAAGCACCUGCGUGUAUAGUCAAUCAAACCGAGCAGGACGACCAAAAGGGACCAGGAACAAGAAAAGCUGCGACAACACCAAAUCCGACCACAGUCGUGGCGAUUCCUUGGAAUCAUCGCAGCCGUCAUUGAGCACCAAUAACAACAAUGUCAAUCACAGCAGCAACUACUCCGACCCUAGAAGUAUUUCACUACCACAAGGUCAACACAAUGGAGGAGCCUUCCGGCUCCCUGAAAUGUCAUCUUCAUCACUAUCAUCUUUCGCAUCAGGCCUCUCUUCCCCUUCAACGCCGCACUUAGACCUUCACGGCCGACCUCAGAAAUGUGUGACCGGCGUGCCAUUCGACUUCAAUCCGCAUCACGAUUUCUCAACAUACGCCAGCAACUUCCAGGAUCCGGCGCUUGUUUAUCAACACAGUUUUCCCUUCCCGAUGAUGACCACCGACAUGAGCGUGGAUCCCAUGGAUAUCUGUUCGGGCUUCAGCCUCGAUACUAGCUCCGGGGAUUUGCAUUCAGCCUGCAGCAUGCCAAUGUUUCACGACGCAUUCCCUCAUGCCUCCAACGAUUUCGACUUUUCUGCAGUGUCGCCCUCCCAGAUAUUAAGAGAUUCCAUUUUACAGUCGAUUGAGCAAGACGGCAUUAAUUUUACGAUUCCGCAUGGCAUGAGCUCUGAGCCGCUGUCCAAGACCACUACCAACAGCAACAGUACCGAGUCUAAGUGUUCCACCAAUAGCAACAGCACCGAUGGGAGUCCUACAAUGCUACAAACAUGGCCGUCGAAUGAUUCUAUGGCUUUGACUGCCCCGGACAUUGACCGCUUGGGAAUAGCAUUCUCACCGCUCUUGAUUCCCAACAGUAAUGUGUCGCUCGACGAGCUGAAAUGCCAGUGCCUCCAUCGUCACGCGAAACUGCUAGCUCAUUUGCAAGAGCUGUUAAAAGGGGUAACAGAAUUGUCGGCGGAUGUGGUCCUGAACGGCGUUGAGCAGGGUUUGAGGUCUUGGGACACAUAUCUACAGUGUCGGAUUUGCCAGCAAGACCAGCACCGGGAAGUGCUACUUCUCUCUGCCAUGAGCAUUCGAGCAGUGACGCGUCUUUUGCAGGGUGCCUCACGACAUAUGUUCUCGCAAUCAGGUGCAGGGGACUGGGUGACUGGCCGCACCAGCAACACGCAACAUGGAGAAUCUCAACCCCAGCAAAGGGACACGAAAUUCACCCUGGGCAGCUACGAGAUCAAGGGCGAGGAGAGCCUGCUCGUGCUCGGGGUGGUAUUUUCUCGGAUCCUGGCUAAGAUCCAGAUUGUGCUGGCAUCUCUGAAGAAGUCCCUACCACGCGUGGGCCCUUCCGACGCCGAUGGCCGGGACAACGACACCUACACAUGCUAUCUACACAAGCUGCUAGAGGGACUAGAAGCGAGUGUGCAUGUUCUUUCUGCGAAUUUGAUGGAAUGGCGUCUUUGAUUUCUGCGAAUAGACCUUGUCGACAGCACAGGCGUUACAGGGAUCAGCCAAUUAACGCGAUACACUAGGGAAUAUCAUUUUCAUCUCUGUUUGGCUUUCCCUGUCGACUCUUACCAUCGCUUGUUUCUUGCUUCUGGGAACCACUUAGUAUGCAGGGAAAGCUUGAAAGCGCCACAUGGUGCGAGACGAUCGUCCACAAAGCGGGAUGGCUGGAGGAAAACACUGGGGCGAUUUCCUCAAUGGCUAUGGAGGACACCCGUUCGUCCAAGCCGUUGAUGUUGGCGGCGAAAUCCUCUAUUUGUUCGCCGAUGCUCCUCCUCGGGCCGCUCAGCCAUCCGCUCUUACUGUGCAACCAAAGGGUCGCUGAGGCGCACAUGAUGGCGUUCUGACAGCUCAUCAUUAUCAUACGAAUACGCCACCUUGCAAACAUACGCGAGACGAAGACUUGGCGACUGAAGAGGUUAGGAUGCAAGUUCGCCGUUGGUAGACGAAACAACGAAUCAAGCAGUUGCAGGGCCGUCCCUCUUGGCAUGCUUAGCAGAACCAAGUUGGAUAUCGCAGUUUGGACACGUUCUCGUUUCGAGCGGUUGAGGAGGCCUGGCCAACAGCCGAUGCAGCAUACUAAGGUACAGGCGGUUCGUGUGGCUUGCAUGGCGCAUGAUCGACAUGCACUAUACUUCCU